AAACGAAAGUGACGUACGUCAACAAAAUAGAAAUAAUUAAAGUUUUUUAAAUUCAUUUCAGUUUAAUUAGUAGUAAUAAAAAUGGCGAAUUUGCGAAAAUUGUGCGAAGAAUAUUUUGGCAGCAAAGAUUUUUAUGAUAUUCUAAACAUAGACAAAACAGCUAGCCAACAAGAAAUUAAAAAAGCUUACUACAAACUUUCCCUGUCUGUUCACCCGGAUAGAGUUGAAGAAAGCGAGAAAGCGUAUGCAACCGAAAAAUUUAAAAUUUUGGGGAAAAUUCAUUCGAUUCUUCAAGACAAAGAAAAACGUAAAGUUUACGAUGAUACCGGCGAUUUUGAUGAAGAAAGCGAUGAUUUUUGCAAUUGGUUAAAUUACUGGAAGUCAAUGUUCAAAACUAUUACCGUGGAUGAUAUUAAAAAUUACGAAAAAAGUUACAUAGGUUCUGAAACUGAAAUACGUGAUAUCAAAAAAGCUUAUGUUUCUAACAAAGGAAAUAUGGACCGUAUUUUGGAAAUGGUUCCUUUUAGUAACUGUGAAAGUGAGCCACGUAUUAUUGAAAUCGUACAGAAACUUGUAGAUGAUGGUGAGGUAGAAGCAUACAAAACCUUUUUUAAUGAAUCAAAAGUUAAGAAACUUAGACGACAUAAAAAAUACAAAAAGGAAAGUGAAGAAUGUGCUGAUAUUGAUUUUGAAGAGCUUUCAAAUCAAAUAAGCAAAAGACAAGAAGAGAGAACCAAGCAAUUUGCUGAUAUGAUCUCCUCUAUUGAAGACAAAUAUAGCAAAAAUUCCAAGAGGAAGGCAAUUACAAAUGGUAAGGAAGACAAUAAAUCACCUAAUAAGAAAGUCAGAAGAUCAACAAGAACCAGUAAAAAGUAAAAUUUUGUUUAAUUACUUACUGUGUUGGAAAUGUAUAAGAAUUAGUUUAUUUUUAUUUCA